AUGUUACAAUUAAGUAAAGUGUUUGAAGCAUUAAGGGCUGCCGGUCUGGUUGUGAAUCUGGCCAAGUGUGAGUUUGGCAAAGCAAAAGUGUGCUAUUUGGGUCACGAGGUGGGUUUGGGUCAGGUGGCACCUAAACAAGCCAACCUCGAGGCUAUCGUACAUUUAAAGAGGCCGUGCAAUGUCAGAGAAGUUCGGCGAGUGCUGGGCAUGACUGGUUAUUACCGCAGAUUCGUGCGAAACUUCUCUGACAUUGCUCAGCCACUUACCAAGUUGUUAGAGAAAGGGCAGAAGUUUGUGUGGUCUUCUCAGUGUUCUCUUGUCACCUGCGACUCGAGUGUCUCCUGCCUCGACUUGCGGCUUGAGUACGUCAAUAAGGUACUCGCAGGUGCUCCUGUCACCUGCGACUUGAGCCAAUCCUGCCUUUCCCUGACGAGGAGGAAUUCCCAGGGAAUUGUUGCCGUCGCUUUCGUCUUCAAUCAGCUGCUAUGGUUUUGGGAGCUUGCUAGCUCGUGA